UUUUCGUACCGCUUGUUUACCUCGCUCGUUCUAGUCGCCUGAUUUCAAUGUUAUUUGUGUAUUUUAUUUAGUGAAUUCAUUCAUUCAUUAUUCAAAAUCAAAGAUUUUGCUCAAAAUGUCAUAUGGAAAAUAUUGUAUGGUGAAGAACUGUGGAAACUGCUGUUUGGAAUUCUCUGAAUAUGAGUUUUUUGAAUUUACCAAAGAAAAUGGAAACUGCUCUGAUGUGGAUAGAAUUUUCUGGGCGUCAAGACAUUGACUUGAGUAAAAGCUACACUAUGUGCAAUUUUACCAAAGAUUAUAGAGUUAGGCUCUAUAAUCUUUGCAUUUUACUUCAAUUUGAAGCUUUUCAUCCACGUAAGUUGCUGUAUGUAGGAAGGAUCCCAUUCAUGAAAGGACCACCAAAGGAACCACAUGUGAUGGAGGGCGAGCAGUUUGAAACCUAUACAUCAAAUACUGAUGAUAUUCUUUCGAGUGUACCUGAAAGAAGUUCUCACACUCUGCAGAGUACUUCCAAGUCUUUCCCCAGAAGUGAUAGAAAGAUCCGAAAACUGAAAACAACAAUCAACUCCUUGGCCUUGGGAUGCAAAAUAUAUGGUAUAUCGAAUAUUUGUUCAUUUAGAUUUUUCAUAAAAAUUGUACAAAUUCAACAAAUUCUAUUGAUUCAAAAAAAUUUAUUGCAUGGAAAAACAACUUUGAAAUAUAAUAGUUCAAUAUAUACUUUUGUAUCCUCCAUUCAAAGCUGUAUUAUUUGUAUACAGGUGUUUUCAAAGGUGAGAAUUUCAACAAAAUUAUUCUCACCAGUUGUACCUGUCAAAAGAAACCUCACCUUUAAAUAUACCCUGUAAAAUCUUCA